AUGCUAUCCAGUGCACUCCCAUGGCCGUCAUUAACCGUUGAAUGGUUUCCCGAUGUGGAGUUAUCCAACCGUAAAACUCCUGCCGUGAAGAAGCAACGACUUUUAUUAGGAACCCGUACGGCAGGUCAAGGAGAUGAAUUCCUCCGUAUCGCUGACACUACUCUUCCAGAUUUUGAGGCGGACAAGAAAAAAACACCAGAUCUGUAUAAGUUUGAUUCUGAUUUAGGAGAAGUUGCGAGUUACACCGACGCUUUCAACACUCAAGUGAAUAUUACUCAGAGGAUCAAUCAUAAUGGUGAAAUCAACAGAGCACGAUUUAUGCCGCAAAAUCCCAAUAUAAUAGCUACCCUCAGCUCGACUGGAGCAACAUAUGUAUUUGAUAGGAGCAAGCAUUCAUUAAGUCCUGGUAGAGACUUCAGACCCGAUAUUAGCUUGAACCAUCAUAAGGAAGAAGGUUACGGACUAUGCUGGAAUACAUUUGAUAGGGGCCUAUUGUUGACGGGAUCCGGAGAUUCCACUGUUGCACUUUGGGAUGUUAACCAGGUCACAUCUGCAAAUUCUUCACUUUCGCCUAAGGAAGUUUUUAAAUUCCAUACACAGAUUGUUAACGAAGUGGAAUGGCACCCAUUUCAUAGCAAUUUGUUUGGAAGUGUAUCAGACGAUUCUGUGUUCCGAAUCACGGAUAUACGGUCACCUCAAAGUGCUAUCACAAGCACAACGCCAUCAUAUACUUCAGAGGCGAUCAACACUCUGGCUUUUAACUUGGCUAAUGAGUACCUUAUUGCCACUGGAUCUUCAUCAAAAGACAUCACACUUUGGGAUACGCGUAAAAUUCCAAGCCCAUUGCAUAAUAUGAGCGGUCAUACCGAUGGAAUAACCUCUCUCCAGUGGAGUCCGCAUUUCCCCUCAGUUAUUGCUAGUGCAUCUCCUGAUAAGAGGGUAAUCAUAUGGGAUAUAGCGAUGAUGGGUGAAGAGCAGACCCCAGAAGAAGCUGCAGAGGGUCCCCCAGAGCUAUUAUUUGUCCACGGGGGUCAUACUGAUAGCGUGUUUGAUAUUUCUUGGAAUCCAGAUGUUCCAUGGAUGAUGGCAAGUGUUGCAGACGAUAAUCAGUUACAUAUUUGGCGCCCCUCCAGCACUAUUGUAGAUUUAGAACCUUGA